CACGUGAUAGAUACGAAAUCGACGGCCAAGCUUACCCGCCAGCACAAUCGGACGGCUCGGCUCCCGUCAGUCCCAAAAAGACACUUAUCGAGAAACAACGGCAGAGAAUCCGCCACGUCCCCAACUCCAUCCCCGACAACAAUCCACAUUACCUAUUUUAAACCGCCCCCCAACACCCGCAAUUUUUUUCCCCCAUCACCCACUUCAGUUUCCGCCAGUUCCUUCAAAAACUCAACACUCAACCCUGGUCCUGGUUCUGGUUCUGGUUCUGGUUCGGUUGUUGGGCGGUCAUGGGCGACUCGGACAACGACUCGGGCGGGCACCCGAGCGCGGGCGGCGGCGGGGAGAUGGCGUCGCCGAGGGAGCAGGACAGGUUCCUCCCGAUCGCGAACGUGAGCAGGAUCAUGAAGCGGGCGCUCCCCGCCAACGCCAAGAUCUCGAAGGACGCGAAGGAGACGGUGCAGGAGUGCGUGUCGGAGUUCAUCAGCUUCAUCACCGGGGAGGCCUCCGACAAGUGCCAGCGGGAGCGCCGGAAGACCAUCAACGGCGACGAUCUGCUGUGGGCCAUGACCACGCUCGGCUUCGAGGACUACGUGGAGCCUCUCAAGGGAUACCUCCAGCGAUUCAGGGAGCUGGAGGGAGAGAAGGCGGCCGUUGUCACGGGGCGUGAGAGGGACGCGUCCGGCGAGGCGGCGGGGGAAGGUAACUACGCCUUGGGUGGGUUUCAAGGAUAUGGGCCCGGGCCCGGGCCCGGCGGUAGUGGUGGUGGACGUGGGGGUGGGUUUUAUAAUAACAACAAUAAUAGUGGGGUGGCGAUAAUGGGUCAUAGUGGCGGUCUUGUGUAUACUGGGUCUGGAGUCGGUUUGGGUAGGCCCAGAUAGAUAAAUUAUGUGGACCAUGACCCGGUUAAGCCCAAAUGAUGCUGUGAUUCCCAAUAAACGGGGCGUUUGGCGGGAACGGAAUCUUGAUCAACCAGGAAGGAAGACGUUGGUGGAGGGAGACACGUGUAACGAUCUAGUUUCUUUCUGGAUGAAAACGGGGUGCGUGAUAUCACUGAUGGAGUGAUUGUUCAUGUACUUGGACGUUCCCUCCCUCCCUGCACCUUAUAUUUUUGUGUUAGUGGAGUUUACCAUUGUAAUUUUAAUAUUAUGUACAUGUAUUGGUUUUUUAUAAUAUGAACAUGUACUAUAACAUUCCAAAUAUUUUCCCGAACAAGAUAUUUUGUUUUGGAUUUCGAUACUCACAAUUCUGUUUUGAGGUGCAAUUUAAAGUGACUUCCCAUAAGGUAAUCUAUCAUUGUUGUACUCCACGGUCCACGGUGAGCACAUUUAAAUUUCGCUUUCUCACAAGAAUUCCUCUAUUUCACCUCAAAACACGUAUUGUCAGUUAAUUGCAAUUUCAUUCUAAUAAAUUAUAAAUCUCUCACAUGCUUUGUCGAUGUGAAAUUUGACUAAGGUGUCAUAUAUAUUGCCUGCGUGUUUGGAAAUAAACCCCACUAUAUAUAGUCUAUACCUUUUGCAAUAAUACGGAAUGACUUUU